CCGGAACUUAACUGAGCUUCGCCCUCUAGCGUUCUCUGAACAAACUAAAAUUCCAAAGUCAUGUUGGCCUCUUCUGUGUCGCGAUUUUCGUUACUCUUACGGGGGGGCAAUCCCAGCACUACAGGGAGAUGUCUUGGUGCUGUCAUUUCCAGAAAUUAUUCCACUGGAGAGGAACUUGACCUGGUUGUGGUGGGAUCUGGACCGGGAGGGUAUGUGGCAGCAGUCAAGGCAGCCCAACUUGGCCUCAAGACCGGGUGUGUGGAGAAGAACGAGACAUAUGGAGGCACAUGUCUGAAUGUUGGCUGUAUUCCAUCCAAGGCCCUUCUCAACAACUCCCACUUCUACGCCAUGGCCAACACCAAGGACCUGGAAGGAAGAGGGAUAGAGUGUGAUGGAGUCAGACUGAACCUGGAAAAAAUGAUGUCUGUAAAGUCCAGUGCGGUGAAGGCGCUCACUGGUGGUAUAGCUCAUCUCUUCAACAAGAACAAGGUGACCCAGUUUCGUGGUUUUGGCAAGGUGACAGGACCAAAUGAGGUGACAGUUGUGAAGAGUGAUGGCACAGAGGAGAGAGUUGCCACCAAGAAUAUUCUCAUUGCCACUGGGUCAGAGGUCACACCAUUCCCAGGCAUAGAGAUCGAUGAGGAGCAGAUUGUGUCAUCAACAGGUGCCCUUUCACUUAAGAAAGUACCUGAGAAACUCGUCCUCAUUGGAGCUGGUGUAAUCGGAGUUGAACUGGGCUCUGUGUGGCAGCGACUGGGAGCACAGGUGACCUGUGUGGAGUUCCUGGGGCAUGUCGGUGGUCUGGGUAUCGACAUGGAGAUCUCGAAGAACUUCCAGAGAAUCCUCACCAAGCAAGGCAUGAAGUUCAUGCUGAACACCAAGGUCACCGGUGCCACCAAGUCAGGCGGAAACGUCAUUGUCAGUGUCGAGGGAGCCAAGGAUGGCAAGACACAAGAGCUGGAGUGUGACACGCUGUUGGUCUGCAUUGGGCGACGCCCCUACACACAGGGUCUUGGGCUGGACAAUCUGGGUAUCCAAUUGGACAGUCGGGGCCGUGUUCCGGUCAACUCCCGCUUCCAGACCUCCGUGCCGAGCAUCUACGCCAUCGGAGACUGUAUACAUGGACCUAUGCUGGCUCACAAGGCAGAGGAUGAGGGUAUUAUCUGUGUGGAGGGUAUCUUGGGUGGAGCUGUCCACAUAGACUAUAACUGUGUCCCAUCCGUCAUAUACACACACCCUGAGGUGGCUUGGGUUGGCAAGACGGAGGAACAGCUCAAGGAAGAGGGUGUUGAGUACAAGAUCGGCUCCUUCCCUCUGAUCGCCAACAGUCGGGCCAAGUGUAACCAGGACACUGAUGGGCUGGUGAAGGUUCUGGCAGAUAAAAACACAGACAGACUACUAGGAGUUCACUUCAUCGGCUCGGUUGCAGGGGAGUUGAUUAAUGAGGCAGCAUUUGCAAUGGAAUACGGUGCAUCAUGUGAAGAUAUAGCUAGAGUUUGUCAUGCACAUCCGACUGUUGCCGAGGCAUUCAGGGAGGCCAACUUGGCAGCGUAUUGUGGAAAACCGAUCAACUUUUGAUAACAAAGACAGUAUGUGUAUAAAGUGCAUUUGACAGAGUAUGUGUGUCUUCAGUGAAUAAUAUGUGAAAGUUGUGCAGGAGUGCUGCAUUUGUUUCAAUGUGGUAAUGGAAUCUCACGGCUAGAAUGACCAUAGGCAACAUCUCGCAUCAACUGCAGCUGUCAAUAAGGUGUCAAGAAUUUUCAAGUCAAAUGUCAUCUGGUUAGGAAUUGAGUUUCAUAUUUUAAAUGCAAGGCAACAUUUUUUCAACUGCUUUGGAAUUGUUCCUCCAUGGACCAGAAAAUGUAUUUUCAGCAGCUUGGGUCAGAACAUGUAUAUUCAGCAGCUUGGACCUGAAAAUGUAUAUUCUGUAGCCUUGGACCUGAACAUAUUAUUCUCUAGCCUUGGACCUGAACAUAUGUUUUUUGCUGCCUUGAACCAGGACACAUGUUCGCAGCAACCUUGGACAUGGAGCUAUAGAAGAUCUCACAGAUGUUAAUGUGAAAGGGAUAACAUCCAGUUGAGCUGCCGACAGAGAGUAUUGUUAGGGUGUUCCAUGUUAUCUGUGACAAACAGCCUAGUAUCAGUGUAGGAAAGUGCUAUCUAUCAGGUUUUACACAUUCUGCUGCAAUAUGCGGAAAUUCACUUGUACAAAUUGUAAAAAUAAUUAUGUGAAAAAUUAAAAAUAUUUAACAAGG